GAAUAGUCGUUCCCAUCUCCCUUCAGUUGAUCAAUCACCAGUCUGUGAGUACGUCCGCCUCCUAGACUGGAGUGUGUCCCUUGGGGCCGGACUUUGGCACCUCAUCCAGGCUGGCAACAGGCUGUGAUCUUUGGUUUGACUAUCUCGAGCCUCUCGCCCAGCACAUACCCACGCCCCGGGCGUGUCGCGUCGUCACGCGGAACCUCCCUACUUCCACACAUCAGAACCUUUCGCUACCCCGGCAGAAACUAAGCUUAAACUGAGAAGCCUCUUCGCACCUCCGGACGUGGGAAUUACAUACUUGGACCUCAGACCCAAGCGGGUGAGAACCGGGAGACGCGAGGAAAGUUGGAAGGCGCUCCCCAGCCAUGCCCAAUCUACAUUUGGGUCGAAGCCCUUUAAGAAGUCCUUCAUUCAAGACUCCUCCGGGACCCGGCAGUGGAGGCGCGCCAGGAUUGGUGUCCUCAUGACUUCUCUUGCGGACCAUGUCCUUGAUCCUUUUUGCCUGCGUGGUAAGGGUGAGGGAUGGACUGCCCCUCUCGGCCUCCACUGAUUUCUACCACAGCCAAGACUUCCUGGAAUGCAGGAGACGCCUCAAGACUUUAGCCUUGCAACUGGCCCAGUAUCCAGGUCGAGGUUCCGCAGAAGGAUGUGACUUCAGCAUCCACUUCUCUUCUUCGAGGGACGUGGCCUGCAUGGCUAUCUGCUCCCUCCAGUGUCCAGCAGCCAUGGCCUUCUGCUUCCUGGAGACGCUGUGGUGGGAAUUCACAGCUUCCUAUGACACCACCUGCGUGGGCCUCGCCUCCAGGCCGUAUGCCUUUCUUGAAUUUGAUAAUGUCAUUCAGAAAGUGAAGUGGCAUUUUAACUAUGUAAGUUCCACCCAGAUGGACAGCAGCUUCGGAAAAAUUCAGGAGGAACUCAAGUUCCAGCCGCCAGUGGUUCUCACCCUGGAAGACACAGAUGUGGCUAACGGGGUGAUGAACGGACACACACUGAUGCACCUGGAGCCAGCUCCUAGUUUCCGAAUGGAACCAGUGACAGCCCUGGGCAUCCUCUCCCUUAUUCUCAACAUCAUGUGCGCUGCCCUGAACCUCAUUCGCGGAAUUCACCUCGCAGAACAUUCUUUACAGGUUGCACAUGAAGAAAUUGGAAAUAUUCUGGCUUUUCUGAUUCCUUUUGUAGCCUGCAUUUUCCAGUGUUAUCUGUACCUGUUCUAUAGUCCAGCCAGGACUGUGAAGGUGGUGCUGAUGCUGCUCUUCAUUUGCCUGGGCAACGUGUACCUGCAUGGGCUGAGGAACCUCUGGCAAAUCCUCUUUCACAUAGGAGUGGCUUUCCUGUCUUCGCAUCAGAUACUGACGAGGCAGCUUCAGGACAAGCAGUCUGACUGCGGAGUGUGAGGCUGAGGCCAUGGGAUGGACGGAUCCUUUGAUUUUCCUCCGAGGGUCAUCGGCCUUUCCCCUUUUACUUCUUGGCUUCACCUCAAGUUUCCAUCCUCGAAGUUCCUUUCAACCAAAGCAGACUGAUCCUGAGAACCAAGAAUUUUUUCACCGGUGCAGCGGGAAGCAUGAAGUUGCUGGACACCUGGUCUCAGUUUUGUGUGAGAGUUACUGCAGAAUCUCCAGUUCAGCACUUUGGACAGCAGAAUCUGGGAGCCCAGUCAGAAAGCGCAUUACUGGAAGACCAAUAUGGAAUGAUUUUGGUCUUUUACGUUGAGUGAUACAAUAAACCACUAGAUUCAGUA